AAGACAACGUGUUUCAACAUGGAGGACAGUGUGUUGUCUUUACAGAAGUGGGCGAUAGUGUUCAGUAUUGUGUUUAUGUUUCUUGAGGCAGUGGAAGGUAGAUCAAACCAAUAUGUGACAUGUGGCUCCGUACUGAAGUUAAUGAACACAGGUUAUAAGGUCCGGCUGCAUUCGCAUGAUGUGAAGUACGGUACAGGCAGUGGUCAGCAGUCUGUAACAGGCACCGAUGUGCAAGAGGAUGUUAAUUCCCACUGGGCCAUUAAGGCAGAGACUGGAAAACAUUGUAUCCGAGGGGAACCUGUUAAAUGUGGUGACAUAAUCAGAUUACAGCAUCUGGCAACAUCAAGAAAUCUUCACUCCCAUCACUUCACCUCUCCGUUGUCUGGCAACCAAGAAAUAUCAGCAUAUGGAGAUGAGCUAGGGGAGGGAGAUACAGGUGAUCACUGGAUGGUGAUUUGUGAUGGUGACUACUGGGAGAGAGAUGAAGGCAUUAUGCUGAAACAUGUUGAUACUGAAGUUUACCUGUCAGCAACGACACGGACCUAUGGACGUCCAAUAAAUGGGCAGUCAGAAAUUGUUGGAGUCAUUUCUCCAGGUGCACAUCAUGUCCACUGGCAGGCAAUGGAGGGAUUGUUUAUACAUCCCAGUGACUUCAAUCCAAAGCAGCAAAUGCAUCAUGAACCUCAUACGGAGCUUUAGAAGAAUUGUAUUUAAUUUUACUUGGUGCAUUUCUUUGUGAUAUAAGAACUACUUUGUCUUAUUUGCUCCUACUUUUCUUAGUUGGUUAUUUAAUGAUGCCAUCAGAAUCGAGACUAUACAGUGUUGGCAUGUUACUAUUGAAAUAGUACACACAUGGUGCAACAAACCCACUGGCAGUGAUGAAAAAUUAAGGCCAAUGAGUGAAAAAAUUGUGAAUUUAUUAAAUCGCGCGCUCUCUUAUUUUUCUCUGGAUGUCAGGCUGUAAAUUUGAACAGUAAAUAUGAAGGCUAUCCAGAAAGUAAAGCUACAAAGUCCAGAAAAUAUUUGUAAAGCAUUUUUUUGGGAGGGAUUCACAUGUAGCAUUUUCACAACACACCUUUAUUUACUUUUCAAUAUAGUCACCAUGGAUUGCAAUGCGCUUAGUGAACCUGGGAAUUAGUUUUUUUUAUUCCAGUGUCGUAGAAAUCUCCCACCUUUAGUUUUUUUUAUUCCAGUGUCGUAGAAAUCUCCCACCUGCUCUCUUAGACGUUGAGAACAGCUCUCGACACUUCUGGACCUUGUUGAUGAAGUUCACUGAUGGUUAAACGUCUGUCAGCAUGUAAAUUUUCAUCGGAUUUUUGGAUGAUUUCAUCAGUGGCAACAGAUGGCCUUCCACUCCUUAUUUCAUCAUGAACAUCACUUCUUCCCUCUUCGAAUUCACAACACCAUUUUGCCUGUGAGUAACAUCUUCACCAUAAACAGAAACAAGUUGGCAAUGAAUUUCAGUAGCAGUUUCUCCUUUUGCAUGAAGACAUCAAAUUAUUGCACAAAUUGACACGGCCAUUUUAAACACAAACUGGGAGCACAACGUUGCCACAAGUGUGGCCAGUGAACUAAGCCCUGUCAUAGGGUUCCUAUCUCACAUGGCAGCACUGUCAUUUCUUGUUACUAUGUUGUAUAAGGGAGAGCAUCUUAUAUUCUUGGUUAGUCAUGUGAUGGUAAGUUGGCUGGUAUGGAGCAGAUACAAUGGCAUGGGUAGUGCAAUCUGUGAAGUAGAAUAUUUAUGUGAUGAGUGAACAACUGAGUCAGUACUGAUUCAGAUGUAUAUAUAUAAUCUUAAGUCAUUUAGUGAAGUCUGGGGCUUUAAUUCUAAAAUACAAUACAUAAUUGUGGGGCUAAUCCAAAGUAUGAUAUCAGCUUUAAAACUUGCAUUUUUUUUCCUUGUAGUAAUGUAGCAUAUGGAUGUUGAUGUUGGAACAAAUAACUGUGUAUCCCAAUCUAGUCUCAACCUGAAACAUGUUUGCUAACAAAAUGAAGUCAAAUUGUUUUUCAGUGUAAUCUAACACUUUUCUUUUCAUCAUAUGUAUAUAAUACAGUGUUAUAGCAAAGACAGUACUUUUAUUGCACAGUCAAAUUCAAUACAGAUACACAUUAUGUCAUGAGCUUGAAAAGCUUAGUCUGUAUAUUGACUAGGCUUUGGACUGGACAUUGAAGAAUUGGGUUUCAAUUCCUGGGAGAAGUAGAGGUUUCUCUUUACACCAUGCCCAGGCUGGCUCUGGGGCCCAUCCACCCUCACCCAAUGGGCAUUUGACGUUCUUUUCCUGGGAGUAAAGCAGCCAGGAUGUAAAGUCGACCACUCACCAUCAUUUAAUAUCAAAGGUUAAAGACUGGAGCUAUACCUCCAGAAGAAGGUCAAGGCCCAUCCUGGGGCUGUAAGUGCCAGUCCUUUACUUUUUUUACAUAUUGUCACUGGCUAAGAAUCAUCAGUUUUAAUAAUUAUUUGGUAUGCUGAAUGAUACAAAGAGAAAUUUAAGCAUAUGUUGUAAGUUAGGUUGGUAAACUUUGUAGAUUGAUGACUUAAGUUGUAAAUAUAAGUGUAAGUACAUGGAAAAUAGCCGAUAAAAUAAACUGGUUAAAAUUAUCAGUA